GGCACAUUUGAUAAGGGUUUCACGCCCAAAUUUGAAAUUUCAUUUCAUAGCCCGCGACAUUUUCAAUUGACCACAUGCAGAAUUAGAUCCCUCACAGAUACCAAAUAUCGUGUCGGAAUUUUUAUCGCACCCCCAUUUAGGUAUGCGCACUUUCGUGGUAGUAAUUUUGAACAAAUGUUUGCGAAAUCUUAGGGUAUGAUACCCGAAAACCUCCCACCAGUCUUCCACCACCUAAAAGUAACACAUUGGACUCUAGGUUUAUUUGGAAAAGUUUUUGUUUUGAUUCCCUGUACAACCCACAUUUUUUUUUUACAUAUUUCUGUGUAACACCAUGUAUAUACAUUGUCCUUGCUGAACGCACCCUAUGAAUAACCUCAAAUAUUGAAUUAUGCGUCUCUUAAAAAAUUUACCUCAGCUAUUAAAACAAAGCAAUAUUUCAAGAAAGGGAUAUUUACAGAUAAUUUGCCCCUUAUCCAGAUACACACCUUCGUAUUACGAUGGAGAACGUGAUCCAGCCCCUGUAUUUUUUCGUAAGGACGUUCAAUCACUUUUAAAAUCACUCACCAGGGUGGACAUUAAAAAGGUGUAUAAGAAACGGAAAUUGGGCGAUGGGAAUUCGGAAUUUCCCGUAUAUAAAUUUAUGACCGACGAGCAAUUACAAGAAUCAAUCUCGGAAGCUAAGAGGCGUGCGGAUGAAAACAUACUCCACAUGCCUCCAGUCGUGCGGAUUCGAACGUCAAUCGAUCGCGUGUAUGCACACGAUGCUCCCCUGAAAGGCUUGGAGAGCACAAACGUCGUGUUCACCGAUAUUACGUUCGGCUUGAAGGAUCGAGAUCGUUUAAUAGUUGUACGGGAACCAAACGGUACGUUGCGCAAUGCAAAUUGGGACGAAAGGGAUCGCAUGAAUCAAGUUUACUUUCCCAAACCGUAUCGUAAAUUAAAGGUUCCCAAAAUGUUUUACGAUAGCUACUUUGAAAGUUUAUUGGAACGAGGUGAAUACGAAUUCAUAUUAAAUCGAGCUUGUAUUCAAUUUGAACCCGAUCAUAACGACUAUCAGCGUGUUACUAGCAUUACGUAUCAGCACAUGAAUGAUAACAACGGCUUUGAUAAAUUACGAUCGACUAGACAUUUCGGACCGUUUGUUUUUUAUGUAACUUGGUUUAAGAAUAUUGAUAACUUGAUGCUGGAGUUAAUAGAGACCGCCCAUAUCGAGGAGGUCAAUCAUCUACUGAAUUUAUUUGGAAAAAUACACGAUUUUCAAAUUAACGUAACAGACUUGCAUGGUUUGAACGGUUUGAAUUGGUACAUUCAAGAGAUUGCACAAAAGAAGGGUUCUUUAGAGCUCGCGGUUAAGGCAUACAAAGAUUUAGCAAAGCGGAAAAGUGAACUGCAACACAACAUUGACGUAGCUCAUGGUUUUGUGUAGCUUCAAUUAUUGUAUAAUUAUUAAUAAUAAAUGUUUUCGUAAUUAA